AUGGAGAUUAAGUUCGACUUCGACGGAUGGGUGAGGAAUACGCUCGGGCUUGUGGAGGUGGACCGCACGAAAAGGCCAGACAAUGCGAUAGUCUGCAAGCACUGGCUCCGAGGCCUCUGCAAAAAAGGGGAGGUGUGCGAGUUCCUGCACGUCUUUGCUCUGGACAAGAUGCCGGAGUGCUGGUUUUUCUCGAAGUACGGGGAGUGCAGCAACCAGGACUGUUUAUUUCUGCACAUAGACCCAAAUAGUAAGAGCAAAGAGUGUGUGUGGUACAACAGAGGGUUCUGCAGACACGGGAAUAGCUGCCGCAAUAAGCACUACAAAAAGAGAAUGUGCUUUAACUAUGAAGCUGGGUUCUGCCCCCUGGGGAGGAGCUGUCCGUACGGGCAUCCCAAGUUUGAAACACCAAACCCAGAGCACCAGAGAACAGAGCAGCAGCAAUCGAUCAUAUCAAAGCCUUCCAACUUAAUAGGAUAG